AUGGACGUCGCUCGGGCGGGAGUAGAGCCUAUUGUGAUCAAGUUCUAUCGGCAGUACAUGCAGCAGAUCAAUGAUGUGACUUACCCUCCUGGCGGGCUCCUGGUGAACCCGGACGUGCAAGACUGUUUAUAUCGGUAUUUCUUCGAUCCUGGCCGCAACAAAUACUUGCCUCCGCCACGGUAUCAAAGCAGGAUACUGCGACGUCUCAUUGAGGAGAUUGAAAACGCUUGCAAAAACCCUGAACAAGAUCAAGUCUCAGAUCAUCUAAUGGAGCACAUGGGCUACCUCUCCAGUCUUCCGCAACAGGAUCAUUUACAAGAAGCACAGCAACCACAUGUGCAUUCGUACUAUCCUCCGUUCCCACUUGACGAGCCCGGAGUAACACCCGUCCUCAUCUACGAGACGAGAAAUCUCCUUUCUCGAGGCAACAACGUUGGCCUUCGCACGUGGGAGGCUGCAUUGCAUCUAGCUUGGUACCUGUUUAGCCAGCAACCGGGCCCUGUGGACGGCAAGAAUGUCCUCGAGCUGGGGGCUGGAACCGGAUUUCUCUCCUUGCUGUGCGCAGCCCAUCUCAAUGCCUCAUCCGUAGUGGCAACCGAUGGUUUGGGACACGUUUGCCAGAGUUUGGAGAAGAAUGUCUCCCUCAAUCAGGAAAACAAGGUUCUCGAGGGGUGUCGAAUGCCCGAAGUUCGCCAACUGGACUGGACGGAUCGACCAGCAAUUGAUCAACUGCUGAAUGAAGCUGAGGAAUCAGGCAUGCGCUACGACUUGAUCUUGGGUGCCGACAUUACCUACCAUCCCGACAUCCUGCGACCACUGGCCGAAGUCCUCAGCAUCCUGAAGGACCACUUCCCGAAUGUCGUCAUCCUCAUUUCCGCAGCCAUUCGAAGCGACACAUUCUCGCAGUUCACAGCUAUUUGUCGGGAUGAUCUCAAGUUUAAAGUGAGCGAGGUAUCCUGCAGGAUUCCUCACGGGUUGCGGUACUGUGGAUUUUUCCAUUCGGUGGCUACGGAAAUCAAAAUCGUCUCUCUUGAACGAUAA